GAAGUGGUAGCUACAACCAGCCUACGACGGUAUUGGGAUCUUUGCUGUCUUCAGCUGCUCCUGCCUCAACUGAGCUCACAAAACCAAAAACCAAAUCAAAACCACAGCAAAACAAAAAGCAUUCAAACAAACCCUACAGAGUGAGACCUACAAUAACACAGAGAUCGACCAAAGAACCAAAAAAGCAAACAGCCACCAAGAAACACAAUCCACCAAGAAACACUCUAAAACAUGAAGAUCAUUGCAAGUGCCGUAGCCCUUUUGAGUACUGUCAGUGCAGCUACAGGAACAACUUACCAUGAAGACCCUACUAUGCAUCUCACAGGUUGGCAUAACAGGAAUCAAGUCUCCCCAGAAGAAGAUACAAAGCCAGUUCACAUUGGAUCCAUUCAAGCCGAACCAGUCCACUGGAACUUGACAGCAUCCAUUGACAAGUUUUGUGACUUUAUGGUCUCAGCUGGAGCAGCAAACAUGGACUUGGUCGCCCUGUCAGAAGGAUUUCUUUCAGGGUAUCCCUGGUUCAACUUCUUUGCUUCCACAUAUGACAUGGCCUCCAAUUCCAAGAUUAGUCAGCUCUUUGCUGAGAAUAGUCUGCAAGUUGGGAGUGCAGAGAUGGCAAGAGUUCAGGAGUGUAUUGCUGAGGCAGGAGUCAAUGUAGUUCUUCCAAUCAAUGAACGUGAUGAUAAAGGAAGCCAGGCUGCCGUGUUCAACACUGCCUUAUUCAUCGACAAGUCAGGAGAGAUAAUUGGAAGACACCGCAAAACACUGCCUUCAUUUACUGAACGCUUCUGGUGGACUCAGGGUGAUGGAACUGAUCUUGUGGUUGUAGACAUGCCUGAUGUUGGCAGAGUCUGCUCACUUCUCUGCUGGGAAAGCUACUUGGUGUUGGCCUGUUACACCUUGAUGGCCCACGGUUGUGAAUUUCUAGUUGUUCCUACACAGGAUAUUGGGAGCAUUUGGGAAAGCCAUGUUUCAGACAUUGCUCGUGAAGGACGUUGGUAUGUCAUUGCGCAAGGACAGGUUGUGGCCCCCUAUGGCGAGGCAAUGCAAAGAAGUGCCAUCGCUGGAACACACACACAGCCUGGUGGUUCACAGUGGUACCCUCGUCUGCUUGAAGGAUUCAAGAAUGCAUAUGGUUGCACUGGCAGUCCACUGAUUGCCAAUGCAACAGAGACUGUCAACCGACAGAACCUGCUCCGUGGGAGCUCUGCCACAGCUGCAAAGGAAAGCCAAAAGAAUGUUGUUGAUACUGUCAGUUGGAUCCCAGAACCUGUGCCACUUGACCAAGCUGUGGAAAAGUGUGCAACAUACUUCAUGGAUGGUGGCAUGUCCAUUGCCGAUCCAAAUGGUCGCUUCUUGGUGAAUCCCAUUCACUCCAACUACAUGUAUGCUGACACAGUGAAUGCAGCACGUUCUGGCUGUGUUCACUCACUUGGGCCAGGAAUACCAGAGGAAAGCCAUUGUGAGUUUGUGGAAGUGGAUGGGUAUAACAGGGAUGAAGAAUUCAUUGUAUUGGCCAAUGCUUCCCGGGGAGAAGUUCUAGCUUCAAAGCUGUACCAAGACAAUGUUGGCAAUUAUGCACGCACGGAUAUCUGGAAGGUUGAAUGGGACAAUGCCCCUCAAGAUUACAUCUUUGAGACUGCUGGUAAUAGCAACGGCAACCAGCACGGCAACGGCCUGUAGAGUGCGACAGGACCGUUCGUUUCAACCUUAUCGGACGAAUGUGUGGUAUUCAUCUCGGACAGAUGGACUAACUCUUAUUCCUAAAGCCCAUUGUCACUAAUAUCAACUGAUAGUCACCAAUAUCAAUUGACUAUGGUUUGAUUCGCUGAGGUUUGGGUGGAGCUUAUCGACACCAAUGGACUAUGCAUACCGGUAUAGCUGGUCAGUCGACGGGCUUGGGCGUUGUUGCUUCGGGGAUGACUGUUCUGAGUUCUCAUGCAUUGCCACCGACGCUGUCUUGUUGUCCAAAGCUUUCGUCGAAAUGCUUCAAUGAGGGGCAUUUGCAGCACCAUGAUAAGCCCCUGCCCGGUACAUGCUGGCAACCAGCCACGAUACAUCCACUUGCAAAGUUGCAGGGGAUGCACGGUUCUUCCAUCCGGCGACAACAACCGGCCUACAUUAUUCAUGACAUCAUUCCAUCCUUUGCCCAGCAUCAUAUGGCUCUUGACAGUGUCAAUGGGCAUUAUGACAGUUUGUGCCAAGACACCACUCAAGAAUGCACAAGUAACAUGCAAGAGUGGUCCUUCUUGAGCCCAUUGACUACCGUUGGCAUGCGUUUGUUGUUGUCUCCCCCGUGCCAGAGCGUAUUGUUUCAUUGUAUCAUAACUGGCCAACUGAGCUCCAUUCAAGACGCAGGCUCUUGCAAUGGUCACGCUAGCACCUCGAUAGAGACCCUGGGACAGCCCUUCGUCUCGCCAAAUUGUCAUCAGUGCGGAGACCAUUCCAGAAUACC